CGGAGCGCGCGGGGGCCCCCUGGACGCGCGGCUGGCGCCGGCGGCGUGGCGGUCUGGCCGAGCUGACGGCGGCUCCGGUCGGUCGGCUGCCGAGCCCGGCUCGGGCGGCGCGGCCGCGGACGGGCGACGGUGAUCUGUCGCGACGGCUCGUCUCCGGUAUAGCCUGGCGCGACGUCUAUACCUGGACUAAUGCAGUUUGUCGUCCUUGCGGUGUGUGUGACCCUGGCCGCUGCCGGAGGAGGCUAUGGGGGCGCUCAGAGCCACGCCAACGUCGAAAUCUACAACGCGUGGGGAGGUGCUAAAUAUGGUGUGAAAAAUCAGCACGCAGUGAAGGUAGGCGGGCACGGCGGUGGAAAGGGUUACGGCGGAGGAUACAGCAAAUUUGCCGGCGGAAACGCACAGAUCUACGCCGAAGGACACGGCUCUGGUGGAUCCGGAUACGGCGGUGGAUACGGUGGAUACGGCGGUGGACACGGUGGAUACGGCGGUGGACACGGCGGAUACGGCGGCGGAUAUUCCUACAAGUACAGCGCCGAUGUCGGACACGGUGGAUCCGGCGGAUCCGGCCAUGGGGGCGGACACGGUGGAUCCGGCUAUGGAGGCGGACAUGGCGGAUCCGGUCACGGAUCUGGAUACGGGCACUAAGGUGUUUCCCGUCGCUAUAUGAGCUCGUGUUUGCAUGUUGCGGUAGUGGUUGUCCGUUGUCCUGUGUUUGAGCUGAGCGUCUAUAAAUGUUUGUAGGACAUAAUACACUACGAGUGGAACGCCGAAAUUUGGCUGCCUUCCCCGGGACCGGCGAUAUAACGAUUUUGUGAUGCGUCAAACGAAGAUGAAUAAAAUACCUACAUCGAAAGCGGUCUAUAUUUAUAGAGCUUGGAAAUGGUUUAAGAGUUGGGAAGGCAUAUACAAUAUACAUAUAAAAGAAACAG